UAACAACGGCAACAAUGGUCAAGCACUGGAAACGUUAAUGAGUCCAGAAGAUGACGUCGACAUCACUCCUUUAAGUCACAAUCCUUUCUCUGAUCCUCAUGCGAGAAUUAAACAUAAAAAGUCUUAUUUUUGGGUGGAGAAACCAGUGGAUUCUCUCAAUAGUGACUUGGUUUUGCAGAAAAUUAGUCAAAUAUGGGUCGAAUCUAACAAUUGUAAGUUUUGCUUCCAGUUUCGUUCUUUGGUUGUCAGAGCUGCUUAUGUCGUUGCUCCUAAGUACACUUCAAUUAAACCAUUAGGAGAUAGAGUUUUGGUGAAGAUCAAGAAGGGAGAGGAAAAAACUAUGGGAGGUAUCUUACUUCCAUCUACAGCUCAAUCAAAACCUCAAGGAAGUGAAGUUGUUGCUGUAGGUGAACGGAGAAUUAUUGGGAAGAACAAAGUUGAUAUCACUGUCCCUGUUUACACCACUAGUAAAACAAGUAAUUACUAUGCCUAA